UGUCAAGACGACAUUUAAUAAAUUCUUCCGAUGUAUUCGUUAUUAAGGGUUUCACUGUAUGAUAGAAUGAAAAGGAAUGAUGUUUUUAGCAGUCGACCCUCAACAGUUCAGCAGGUUUCUAAUAAUUCUCCGCGAACUGUAUUUUUCUCUGAUGGAGUGCGGCGGAUUGAUAUUGUGCUCACGUACGAGGACAAAGACGACAAUAAGGAGAGUCAAGGAAGACGAGCUAAAUAUGAGAGCAAUCUUGUUGAGAAGGGUCUUCAGCUGGAAACAGAGUUUACUUUGAAAUCUGGAAACGUGAAGAUCAAUUACGUAAAGGUUCAUGCUCCAUGGAUUAUCCUAGCUAAAUAUGCUGAGAUUCUUAACCUCAAGAUGCCAAUAAAGAAAUUUACUGUCAUUUCCUUCGGUACAAUGGUCGACGGUCAAACCGAGAAUGAAGAUAGAAAAGAAAGUAAGAGUGUAGAGUGGAUGGAAAGGAUCUCUAGUAUAUUUGAUUAUGAUUCCUCCUUGAUCCCCCCGGAUCCAUCCUUCUUCAGUGCUGGCUUUCUAAUGGAUAAAGAAGACAAAUUUAUCAUUAAAGAUCGAGAAAGUUUCUUCUCGUCUGCUCAACGAUCUCAAAUAGUUUGGCAGAUCCUGCUGAGAACAGCAUACGACGAUGAAGUUCCAGAACGAGUAGGAAUAAGACGACUGUUGAGUAAGAAUAUAUAUGCCGCUGCAUAUCCCCUGCACGAAGGUUCCCACCAGGUGACAGCUCACACGGAACAAUCCCAACCAACAAGGAUGGAUUCCGGUCAGGCUCAGUUGACUGAUCGACAGUUAUUGUUCUGUGAAUGGGCGAAUUACAAGAACUUUUAUAAGCGGCAGCCUCUCUGGUUGAUCAAGAAAUAUUUCGGAGACAAGAUUGGCCUUUACUUUGCUUGGCUUGGCUUCUAUAACCAGCUGUUGAUACCCCCAGCAUUAUUUGGUCUGAUUGUUACCCUGUAUGGACUCUUUUCUUUCUAUUCUAAGAACAAAAAUAUUGUAAGAUCACAACAUGGAUAUAAGAAUUAA